AUGCUAAAGAAAUCUGGCACGAAGUCGCCUACUUUGAAGAAUGUUCCCGCUAAUCACACUCGUAUCGCUCGUCAAAACUCCUAUAAUGCAGGAGAGGGCGCACAAGCAUGUCAGCCAUGUUGUAAUCCAGGACUCCCUGGUACUCCGGGACCACCAGGCAGACCUGGUAGAAAUGGUAUGCCGGGUGCGCCAGGAAUGCCGGGUAUGCCUGGAAGACCAGCAGGUGCACUUGGCCCACCCGGACCUCCAGGAGAACCUGGAGAGAUCGGAGAUGCUGGACCAGUCGGACAACCAGGAAGGAAUGGAAAUGAUGGUGCGCCGGGAGAACCAGGACCCAAAGGCCCACCCGGACCGGUUGGGGAGCCUGGACUACCAGGACCAGUGGGCGAGGCAGGAACGCCAGCAAUACCCGGCAAUUCGAUUCAAGGAGAACCAGGUCAACCAGGACCAAAGGGACCAAAUGGUCCUGACGGUCCACCAGGACCUGAUGGCAAACCAGGAGCUCCUGGGCCACCAGGUACUUCUGGUAACGAUGGCGAGAAAGGAAUCUGUCCCAAAUACUGCGCCAUUGACGGAGGCAUUUUCUUCGAGGAUGGAACAAGACGUUGA